AUGCGUAGAUCACCGAGUAGAAGGCAGAAACAGGCGGUUCGUGUAGAGAAUAUACAAAAUGAAGAAGCAACAGCUCAGUAUUUUCAGAUCUCAAUAAACGUGCUAGAGGCUCGAAAGCUGGCAUGGAGUAACUCUCAUUCGGCUAGUUCUUACGUAGUAGUCGUUCUUGGCAAGAAAAAGCACAGAACUAGUACAAGAAGAAACAUGGACGAACCAUAUUAUAGAGAAUAUUUCAUAUUCGAAAUGUACGCGAGUAUACGAGAUGUUCAGAGAUCUAGUAUAUGGAUGGCGGUGAUGGAACCUCGUUGCUGUGCUUCAGCGCGGUUGCUAGGAGAAACCAAUAUCGAUUUGGGAGCUAUAUGGGUACAACCCCAUCAUCAAAUAUUUCAUAAAUGGGUACAGCUUAGUCUACCUCGCAAUCCAGCUGCGGGUCCAGUUGGAUUUCUUAAAGUAGAUGUCUCUAUAAUAUUUAAAGGAGAUAUUUUGCAUGUGACACCCGCAAUAGUAAACGAAGAAACUGUCGAAAGCAAUUUACUGGUACCAUCUGGAUCUGAACAACAACGUGCCAAUUACAUUGUGGUCGUAUAUGGCGCGUUCUCACUUCCAACCGGCACCCAUUGUCAUGGGGAUAGAAGAUUCGGCAAACUUCCCAGUACGUUUGUACGGGUCUCUUUUUGUGGGCUUGUUGUGAAGACAGCAGUACAGCACCGAAAUAAUAAUCCAAUGUACAACGAGCAGGUUUCAAUCGUCGAAAUGUUCCCGAACAUGAGUCAAAUGAUCCGGCUAGAUGUUUGUUCCAUUGAUGGUUGUUUUAAUAGAGUGCUGGCAAGUACACAUUUAAAUUUUGGACUGAUCUCUCAUGAUAGAGACAAUGGUUUUCUCCCAACCUUCGGGCCAUCAUUGCUGCACAUGUAUGGCAGUUCCUGCGCUGGUACUUUAGUAUCCACUGGUGAGGAUGGACCGUAUCACAGAGGUGCACUAUUAGUUUCCCUGAAAACUGUAGUGCCGUUUUAUCAACAAGGUGUCAGGACUACUAAUAUUGAACCAGUUACUCCAAUAAAACCGGAGAAUUUAUGGUCUGUUGAAGACUUUUGCAUAUAUUGCCCCAUACUGGAAGCGUCCAUGCUGGAUCGGAGGAUAGCUGGGAAAUUUUGUGGAGUUGCCAUUACAAUGGGUGACAUCAAUACAGACAAUAGAUCUGAUGAAGAGUUCGCGGCGAUGAUGAAUGAAAUUAAGUUACGAAAACUUCACUAUACGGGUCCACUUGAAGUGACGAAAACUCGGCCAGCAUAUGGCUACUUGGACUUCCCAAAUGCCUUCCCAGUAUUGCAACUGGCUACUAGAUUACCGGACUUUAGAUUUAGGAUGUAUACAAAUAAUAUGAUUUACAGGAUCGUUGCUGAUUUGGAAUUAAUAUUAGAAGAUAUUGAACGUCGUUUAAAGAAUUACGAAUACACCACUCCAAAUGAAUUGUUGGAUGAUCUCAACAAAGCCAUUGAUGAUACUUCACGCAACAUUCUCAAAUUUUUAGAUAUUAUCCGGUACUCUAGCUCAAAUAACAAUAGUGAUGACAUGGUACCCCAGUGCAUCACAGAGUUGGAUCAGAAGCAAUUGAGACUCCAAAAGGAAGAAAUAGAAAAUAUUUAUCAACAAAUAACUAAAAAGGCCAAGAGAAAUUCAAUUUUAAAUAUCAAUCAAUCUGCGAGUAAAUGUACGAAUGAAAGCCUUCCAGGCUCUAGAAAAAACGUUAAAAUACUUUUGGCUGAAACGAAAUCACUGGCAAGCAGCUUGAAGGAACUUAUUUACAAGACACCUGAGGGUUGGCCUGAUAUAGUGAUAUGGAUUUUGAAUGGUGGAUCAAGAGUAGCCUACACGAAAAUUUCUCCUGCCAACAUUAUAUAUUCAGUAAUACCCGAACAAAAUGGACGAAAUUGCGGACGAAUACAAACUGUGUUCAUGAAGCCUUUAAAAUGCCCAAAACAUUUAAACACGUUAGCUUCUGGUUGUUAUUGCAUCGCUGGAAAGAUUGAACUUAUUCUUUGGAUGGGUCUGUAUAGACAAAACUCAGCUCUGGGAACCUAUUUUCCCCAUGGUUAUAAAAUCAAAACUAGAAACUAUGAAAUGUGCCUCAAGUCUAAUUUCCUGAUGAUAGAAUGUCGCGUAUUUAUUUACCGUGCUAAAUUUACCAGCUCCACUGAAGCCACAAAUCUAGGAUACACUUUUGUCAGAAUUAAUGCAAUGAAUACAGUAAAGGAAAGCACAAUAAAACAGAAGACUCUUACACCAGUAUGGAACCAGGUAUUGAAAAUUCAUCGGAUGAUAUUUACAACGCAGGACAGAUUGGUAACGAAUCCGCCUUUGGUGUUGGUUGAAGUGUACGAAAGUGAUAUGACGAUGAAAGCGGAAUUAAUUGGUCGAUUCUCUGUAACUCCGGUGUUGGAUGAUAGACAAAGCUACGAAUACGCUCCAAAAUUGCAAUGGCAUGCAUUACACAAAGGUGUUGAAUCUACAGGUCAAUUGCUCAUGUCGGUUCAGUUACUACAGGUACCUGAGAGACUAAUGAAAACUACAGUCUACAGCCCCAUUGAGGAGUCCUCCUACGAAUCUGAUACGAAAGAUCUUAAAAUGGAUGACGAAGAAGUGGAAACAUUGCCUGCUAAUCUUAUACCACAAUCGACUACAUACAAGAUUGACGUCUAUUGGUGGGGCCUACGCGACGUCAUUAUUACUAGAAAACCUUGUGUGGUUCUAGAAAUUGACGAACUGAUCAUUAAAUCGGAUAUUAUUAUCGAUAAAAGAUCCAACUGCAACUUUCCCAAUGGGAGGACCUCACAGAUAUUUGGGGCACCACUUAAUGAAGCCUACUGCCCAUCUUUGAAUAUCAGAUUGUAUGAUAGUAGUACUUUUGGCAGAACAUUGUCCCUGGGUACUAACAUUGUGAAGAAACCUAAUAAAUAUAUUGUAAAUUGGAUAGCUAAGACUGAAAGGGAUACCUCAAUCAGAACAGCUUCGAUAAUGUCAUCGAAUUUCUUUCAUGCUACGAAUACCCUAUUCAAAAUGAAUUGUAACCCAUCUGAAAGCGCAGAAAUGUGGAGUAGCUCUACUCCUAGAAACGAUUUAAAAUCUGUAGUCAAGACAUCACUGUGGCGGAAGUUAUUUACAAGAAAAGAGCCAGACGAAGAGGAAUAUGUGUUAUUGCCGAUGUUUCAGAAAGAAAAAGAUCAAAUAAGUGUAGUGAAGAAAGUACCUAAAUGUGCCGAUCAAAAGGAUUGGUGGCAACGAUAUCUUAACUCUCAGAAUAUAUAUACCUCGGAGUUGGAACUCCAACCAGAAUUCUCGAAAUUUAGAGACUGGUGUGCAACUCUGAAAUUCUAUAAUGGCACGAAAUCAGGAAUACCAGAAAAAGAUGAGCAAUUAUAUUGUGGAAUGCUGAAGGCUGGCAUAGCUAUAUAUAGAUGGCCACCUCCUGGAGAUACGAUCGCUGUAAGCUCAAACGGAGUAGAUUUAAAAUAUGGAUAUUUCGACGACUAUCCAAUUAACGAUCCAACUAAAUACUUGAUUAGAGUUUAUAUAGUCAAAGGAAGUGAUCUCCUCGCAAAGGAUUUCUCUGGCAAGUGCAAUCCUUAUAUUAUUUUACGUUGCGGAAAAAAACGUCUGGGUGAUCGUACUUCAUACGUACCGAAUACAAUUCAUCCAGUUUUUGGAAGGAUAUUUGAAUUCCGAUGCACUAUACCUGAAGACUAUGUUUUGAAUGUUUCACUGUAUGACUUUGAAUCAGUACAACCUGACGAACUAAUCGGAAGUACCUGUAUUGAUUUAGAAGACAGAGUUUAUACAAAGCAUAGAGCAUGUGUUGGUCUGUCCCAUAAAUACAGUUUAACGGGAGCAACAAAAUGGCGUGACUCAUCGAAACCAUCUGUAAUUCUUGAAGAGUUGUGUUUAAAAAAUCAUCUCGCAUCGCCCGUGUAUUCAGAAAAGGGCACAGUUAUCGUUAACGGUAUAGAAUACAGAGGAAAUGAUCGAGAAGGUUCCAAAAGCUACAUGUCAUCGUCUGAAACUAAAGAAAACAUUUGUUUAAGCCUGCUGCAUCAAUGGCAUACUUUGCCAUUGUGUGGUUAUCACUUAGUGCCGAAACAUGUAGAAACUAGAACUCUUUAUAAUCCCCAUAAACCAGGGGUUGGUCAGGGUAAUAUUCAAAUGUGGGUAGAUAUAUUUCCACUUGGUACCAAUCUCCCAAUUCCCCCACCUGUAGACAUAUCGCUACCCAAGGUAGAAGAGUACGAGUUAAGAGUCACCAUAUGGGAUAUACACGGUUUGAAAUUCGGUGACAGUACAAGAAACACUCGUGAAAUAUUUGUGAGAGGGUGGAUUGGUUCGGUUAACCAAACUCAAGCAUCAGACUUGCACUAUUAUAGUGACAAAGAGAUUGGUAUCAAUUGGCGUAUGAUAUUUCAAUUCUACUAUCAACAUGCUGACAGAAUGUUAGUAUUUAAAGAAACUGGACCGUUUACGGAAUACGAAGAACGACUUCCACCUAUUCUUUUAAUUCAAGUGGUAGAUAAUGAUGCUGCAUCUUCAGAUGACUAUUUGGGAUCAUCAGCGCUGAAUUUGAAUGCUUUGCCAAGGGGAGAAAAGCAAGCCCAACAAUGUACUUUAAAGGUCUUGGAAUCGUCAAAAAAAGUGAAUCUAUUCUCAUCUAGAUCAAUCAGAGCUUGGUGGCCUUUGGUUUUUGUUGACAAAAAUAGUGGGAUGAAUAUACUAACAGGAGCUAUAGACCUUGAAAUGACUGUGCUGCCAAAAUACAAAGCUGCGUUGAUGCCUGUUGGAUUUGGACGCGGACCUCCUUUACCGUUACCUGAACCAAUGCGCCAAAAUACUAGAUCUAGUGUCGGGAAUGUCUUCAGUAAAAGUUUCCUUUUGAAACAACGUAGUUGGAGGAUUGCUAUUAUCAGUUCUUUGGGAGUAUUGUCUCUUAUUGCUGUGUACUUCGACAUCCCAAUUUUCAUAUUCAAAAGGUCGAAUGUGAUGCCCAAGAUGUGGUUGUUCGGAGCAAGACGAUCUCCGGAGCCACCGAGACCUUGUGGUCCGGCUGUUCUCUCCAGCGCCACUGUUGGCGUACCGCAGAUUCGAGUCAUCAAUAACGAAUUUACCGCUCGACCGAGGAAAAAAGGACUAGCUGAUGGUGGUAAACCAGCAUUCGGCGCAUCUGAUGGUAUACGAUUACCGUAA